UGCCCCUGCGGCCAGAGCAGCAAUGGGGGCGGCCCCUGGGGCGCUGUGCGGGCGCCCCUAGCUGAUAGAGACCCACCCGGGGCUCUUCGCCCUCCCUUAUCGAGGAGUCCCAGACCACUGGGGAAGGUAGAAGGCCUGGAGAAGUCAGUUCCUCAGUUUCCCUUUCUGAUCAAAGAAAAAGUUGAGCUAGCUGGGAACAGGAGGGGCGCCCUGCUUUCCCGCCGGGGGCCCUUGGACAGGUCAAGUUUUGGGGAGGGAGCUAAGGUUUGGGCUAAGAGGGGAGAGGUGCCCGGCUCCGCCCCUCCCUGCCCUGCCCCGCCCCGCUCUGGAGCCCCGGCUCCGCCCUCGCAGGUUGAUGGCAGCGGCAGCUGACUCUGCAGGGAACGAGCCCUGCCCGGCUGGGGAGAGACGAGGGGGCGCCGGAGUCUGGACCCCUCUGAGCCCGUACCGGAGGCGAGCCUCCGCCCGAGUACCAACGCCCGGACGCCCUGAGCCUUGAGCCCGCUGCUCUGGCCAAAUUUCGUCUGCAGAAGAGCCGCAGCAGCGAGUGGACUCCCUCCAACAACCCGACCUCCCGGCCCGGCAGCCCACACCACACCCUUCCCUCCCCGGCCCAGCUGCCGGCUCUGUACCAGGUAUCCGCACUGCCACAGAAGAGUCAGAAUUCCUAAUCUGCACUGGGUCACUGUUUCCUUGAGAGAACAAAAAGAGAUUAGCUGAAGGUGAAGCAGAACGGUCCCGGUUUGGAUUAGUGGUUGACUCUCUGGACUUCAGCUCCUUCCUCCUUAAGCUCUGAGAUCCCUUUCCAGCCUUAAAGCCCUUGGCCACAUAUUCCGCCCCUCAUGGAGUCCCACCUCCACCACCCCUCCCAGCCAUGAGCCGUCGAGUCGUCCGGCAAAGCAAGUUCCGGCACGUGUUUGGCCAGGCCGGGAAAGCCGAGCAGACAUACGAGGACAUCCGAGUGUCCAAGGUCACAUGGGACAGCUCCUUCUGCGCUGUCAACCCCAAAUUUCUGGCCAUCAUCGUAGAGGCUGGAGGGGGCGGGGCCUUCAUCGUGCUGCCCUUGGCUAAGACAGGACGUGUGGACAAGAACCACCCUACAGUCAAUGGACACACAGCGCCCGUGCUGGACAUAGACUGGUGUCCCCACAACGACAGCGUGAUUGCCAGUGCCUCUGAGGACACCACUAUCAUGGUAUGGCAGAUCCCAGACUACACACCAGUCCGGAACAUCACAGAACCCAUCGUCACGCUGGAAGGCCACUCCAAACGUGUGGGCAUCCUCUCCUGGCACCCCACAGCCCGGAACGUCCUGCUCAGCGCAGGAGGGGACAAUGUUAUCAUCAUCUGGAAUGUGGGCACAGGGGAGAUGUUGUUAAGCCUGGAUGACAUGCACCCCGACGUCAUCCACAGCGUCUGCUGGAAUGCCAACGGAAGCCUGCUCAGUACCACCUGCAAAGACAAGACCCUGCGAGUCAUAGACCCCCGAAAGGGCCAGGUGGUGGCGGAAAGGUUUGCUGCCCAUGAAGGGAUGAGGCCCAUGCGGGCCGUCUUCACACGCCAAGGUCACAUCUUCACCACGGGAUUUACCCGCAUGAGCCAGCGUGAGCUGGGCCUGUGGGACCCGAACAACUUUGAGGAACCCAUGGCGCUCCAAGAGAUGGACACCAGCAAUGGGGUCCUGCUUCCCUUCUAUGACCCCGAUUCCAGCAUAGUGUACCUGUGUGGUAAGGGGGACAGCAGCAUCCGGUACUUUGAGAUCACCGACGAGCCCCCCUUUGUCCACUACCUGAACACCUUCAGCAGCAAGGAGCCCCAGCGAGGCAUGGGCUUCAUGCCCAAGAGGGGCCUGGAUGUCAGCAAGUGUGAAAUUGCCAGAUUCUACAAGCUGCAUGAAAGGAAGUGUGAGCCCAUCAUCAUGACCGUACCCCGAAAGUCAGACCUGUUCCAGGAUGACCUAUACCCUGACACGCCAGGCCCUGAGCCGGCCCUGGAGGCAGAUGAAUGGCUAUCGGGCCAGGAUGCAGACCCUGUGCUGAUCUCCCUACGGGAUGGCUACGUGCCCCCCAAGAGCCGAGAACUUCGGGUCACCAAGCGCAAUGUCCUGGAUGUCCGGCCUCCUGCGGGCCCUCGACGCAGCCAGUCUGCCAGCGAUACCUCCUUCUCGCAGCAACAGCAGCAGCAGACCCUGGAGGCAUUACUUGAGGAAAUUAAGUCCCUCAGGGAGAGGGUCCAGGCUCAGGAAGAGCGAAUCACAGCCUUGGAGAACAUGCUUUGCGAAUUUGUCGAUGGCACUGACUAGCCUUGCCCCCCACCCCCGUCCCCAUGCCCUGCUCCUAUCUCCCUUCCUCUAACCCCAGGGUCAGAGGGGAGAACCUGGGGUAGGGUUGGGGUGGUCAUGAAUUGAAGCCAAGGGACUCCACCCCACAGAGGGGAGGGUGAAGAAGAAUAGGAUGCUUCCCCAGCUUUCCAAUGGGGAAUGGGGUGUAAAUCCUUGGCAGGAUUCACCUCUGAGAUAGGAGCUCAGCCCCUCUCAAUGGGACAUUCAUCCCCAACCUUGCGUGAACAGAGAGGGAGGGUGUAGGAAGGCAACACUGUAUACCCCCUGAGGGGUGGGGUUGAGGGACAUUGUUAGCAGUCAGUCAACAAGCAUUUAAUAAGCUCCUACUGUGUUCGAAGCAGAAAAGACAAAAAUGAACCUAUCCCUGUCCUCAAAGACCUUACAUUCUUUUGGAGGAAACUUGGGAUGUGAACUGAAGGCAGUGGGGGCAGUAGUGUGAAAAGUGAACUUUUUAGGCAAACCCUCAUGGUUAGAGGCAAGGGAGGAGAGACAAGAUGAAGACACCUUUGGGGAAUGUGAUGGCUAGUGGGGAAUGGCCCCUUCUGCCCUGGUUUUUUCCUUCCCUUCCCUUUCUCUGCCCAGCCACUAUACGGGUUGGAGGAGACCUGGGGAGGGAGAGGUUUCACAUUAGCUGGGCUCUAGAAGUAGGGGCUUAGCUCCAGUCCUAGUGUAGGAGAUCCAAGAAGGCAGAGACUUUCUAUUUCAUCACUGAAGGGGGUAAGGGGGGGGGGAGGGUUCUCUCUGGGAUGGGCAGGGGGAGAAAACCCCACAGGAAAGGACAGAAGCCUGAAGGGCCUCCCAGGCCCCUCACCCAUGGUUGGGUGACAUCCCCUCCUCCGUCUCAGAUCUCACCAUCCACCUCCCCAACAGCACAUGGGCUCCUAUCCUGGUGUGUGAAGGCUGCCACCACACACACACACCCUCUCUUCACACUAGGCCAGGUGUGAAGGUAUGGCUUGGAAUAGAGCAGAUUCUCCACCCCCUCCCUUGCCCCUGUCUUUCCCUGGCCCUCAUCAUGGGCUCUUCUCUUUAAAAAGGAACUUGUGGAGGAUCGAAAAAGUAAAUAUUUUAUUAAAUAUUCA